AUGUCGCAAGGGGGAAAUAUGCCUACAAUUGGGGGUAUGACUCCAGGAACUAUACAAUAUGUGAAUAAUCCACUUCAAAGUCCACAAUUACAAACAUCGUCAAUGCAGGGCUCUCCAUCGCAGCAUAGUCCAAUGGGCCAAGCACAAGUAUCUGCAAAAACCAAUCAAGGAUCUGGUGAUCAAACAACACAGCUCUUAAGCAGACCCAGAUUACAAGAAUUAGUAAGAGAAGUGGACCCCACUGUUCAACUAGAUGAAGAGGUGGAGGAGAUGUUGCUGCAGUUAGCUGAUGACUUUAUUGACACUACACUAAAUGCUGCAUGUUCACUUGCUAAACAUAGACAUGCACCAACAGUGGAGCUAAAAGAUGUUCAGUUACAUUUAGAGAGACAAUGGAAUAUGUGGAUACCCGGCUUUGGCAAUGAUGAGCUGAGACCCUACAAGAGGGCACCAGUAACAGAAGCACAUAAACAGAGAAUGGCCCUUAUUAGAAAAACAAUUAAGAAAUACUAG